GACUCGAGGGUGGUUGCCAUGGUGCUGAAGGAGCUACCAAGUAAAGCAUCCUCAGAUGGAAACCCCCUCCGCAGCGUUACAACCAAGCUGGGCAGUGAGCACCAAGAGAGCCGUCCGUUACUGAGCCCCUCCAUCGAUGACUUCCAGAGCGAGAGCAGGAGUGAUGGAGCCACACGGCCGGUCACCUCCAACACAGCAGUCAUAUCUACAGCGCUGGACCUGGUGGACCUGAGUGAGCCCAGUGAGCGGAGGUGGAGCUGGGACCGGAGGAGCCCCCGCGGCCCCCGAAGAGCCGGGUCUGCCAAGGGCAGCUUCUGCAGGAAGAAAACAGAGGAGACAGAGCUCAUCCAGGUGGACACAGAGGAGUUCUCAACCGGCUCUUUCAAUGCUGAGAGAGCUUCUCUAGAUUCAGUGAGCAGCUCACCUCUGGAGAAAUGGGAGGACCUGAGCCUCCAUCCAGAUCGUGCCUUUAAUGGAGGGAGGACAUGGAGAUAUGAAAAGAAGAAGUGCACCUCACAUCACUCUUCCAGUGAGCUGCUCUGGUCGGCAGACUUUAAAAGCAGCCUCUCUAACAAACACGCCCUGGAGCUGAGCAUCAGCACAGAGUCUGACCCCGGGCCCACAUCUCAGCAGCCAAGGCUGAGACUGGGCAGCUCUCUGUUAGGCAGACAGCACUCUCUGGAGGAGGAGUUUGUGAGAGCCAAGGCCGCUGUGGAGUCAGACACUGAAUUCUGGGAUAAGAUGCAGGCGGAGUGGGAGGAGCUCGCUCGGCGGAACUGGCUGGAGGAUGGAGAGAGUGAAGGCCUGAUUCCGCUCAGCGUUUCGCCCAAUGAAAUGGGUUACUACUUCCACAUGGACAACCCAUAUAAAGAGUGGCCCAAUGCGUUUGAGGAGGGAGUUCAGAAAGGCCGUGAAGGAGACCUGAACAGCGCUGUUCUGCUGCUAGAGGCGGCCAUCCUGCAGGACCCGCAGGAUUCAGAGGCUUGGCAGGUGCUGGGGACCACACAUGCUGAGAACGAGAACGAGCAGGCAGCCAUCGCCUGCCUACAGAGGUGUGUGGAGCUGCACCCUAAUAACCUGAGUGCACUGAUGGCUCUGGCUGUCAGUCUGACAAACGCAGGGCAGCAGCAGGAGGCGUGUGAGGCGCUGCACCGAUGGAUCAGACACAACCCCGCCUACAGGCACCUCCUACAGGACCGCAGCCCACUGGACGGCUCUCCGCUGCCCAAACGCAGGGGCUCCUCCGUCUCCCCCAUCUCCAGCCUCGGAUGCUCCCAGCUGGUGGAGGUGUUGGAACUUUAUCAGGAAGCUGUCCAGCAGAACCCGGACAGUGUGGACCCUGACCUGCAGACCGGACUGGGCGUUCUCUUCAACCUCAGCUCUGAGUUUGAUAAGGCUGUGGAUGCCUUCAACGCUGCGCUGUCUGUACGGCCUGAGGAUUACCUGCUGUGGAACCGGCUGGGUGCUACUCUGGCUAACGGUGACCGCAGUGAGGAGGCUGUGGAGGCCUACACCAGAGCUCUGGAGCUACAGCCUGGCUUCAUCCGCUCCAGAUACAACCUGGGGAUCAGCUGCAUCAACCUGGGUGCACACAGGGAGGCGGUCAGCAACUUCCUAACAGCUCUGAACCAGCAGAGGAAGAACAGGAGCCACCAGGUGAUGUCCAGCAGCAUCUGGGCAGCCCUGCGCAUCGCCCUGUCGCUCAUGGACCUGCCUGAGCUUUUCCAGGCCGCCAGCAUCGGGGACCUGGACCUGCUCAUGAGGGCCUUCAACAUGGACAUGUAACCUGAUUGCCCCCCAAAAAAGCCCACCAAAUCGCAAAACAAUGCUGAAUUAGUGAUGGCCAUGCUAUACACCAGGUGCUUUGGUGUGAUGAAUAGCGCAGAUAAGGUUACUUCUAUUGUAAUUAUGGUAUAAUAGAGAGACUUUGUUAUUUGUUAUGGAUUUGCAGUUUGCACACAGGAGGGCAUGUACUCUAUAUAUGCAGAGCGAAAGGCAGUGAACGUGUGGAGAGAAAUGGAGAGAGAACAGAAGCACAUUUCAGAUAAGAUUAUAUUCUGUAAUUUUGAUUCUAGUGUUUCUUAUUGCAUCAUGAUUUGUAAAUCGAAUGCUCUUUGUAUACUUGAAUAUGAACCAAAUUGAUGCAGCAUGGAGGAAAUACAGAGAUCAGCACUUACUGACCUCACAUUCGUCCACUACACUCUUUGUUUUUGUAACGAGAUUGCACAUCCAUUUAAGGACAACUCAUUUUGUGUCAUAUUCAACGUGAUCAGUAUGUUAUUUAAAGGGAUAUUCUAGUUUUUUUAACCUGAUCUCUAUUUGCUGCGUCUGUAGCAUACGGUCGAUUACCGCACACAAUAAUUACUUUAAGAAUAAACGAACAAAAAUAUAUAAAAUAUAUAUAAUAUUUUAAAAAUUCAGUAAAAUUCGGUUUAGUCAAUUCAUUCAAUUUCUUAUCAAAUUACAAAAGUCUAACAUUAACAGAAAGUGAAGUGUAUUAUUAAUUGAAGGGGAAUUCCACCAAUUUUGCAAAAUUUCAUAAUUAAACGGUAAAGAUGUAACCAAAGUCAUUCAGAGAGGUUUGAUGCGAAACGCUCCAUUCUGGAGAAACUCACCGAUUUGUUCACAG